AUGGCGUACGUAUCAGAAGAACAAGAGUGUCUCGGUCCAAGGUAUUUCGACAGUGGGAGUUCAAGUCAGAUAGUAGGUACAGUGAGCAAUCUACAAAACGUCAAAAAGGCUAAAGGUGCAAAUAUAACUUCUAGAGACAAAGGUGAUGGAAUGCCUCAGCUCAAGGAAGGAGUCAAGAAUAUAUGUGAACCGGGUUACAAGGAACAUCAUGUCAAGGCUCACCACAUGAAAGUACUUGACGUUCAAUCACAGUCAGACCUCAAGGGCACAAAGAAUGACGUUGGUUCAGAGGAAAAAUCUGGUUCAGAGGAGCAGUUUGGUUCAGAUUAA